AGGAUGUCCUCCAUCAAUGACUCCACCUCACACCCCAUGCCCUUCCUUCUGCUGGGCAUUCCUGGUCUGGAAGCUUUCCAUAUCUGGAUUGCCUUCCCUUUCUUCCUUGUAUAUCUGAUAGCUGUGGUGGGGAAUGUCACAAUCCUGUGUGUGAUCAAGAAUGAGCAGAGUCUUCACCAGCCCAUGUUCUACUUCCUUGCGCUCCUCUCUUUCAUCGAUCUAGGCCUUUCCACGUCCACCAUUCCCAAGAUGUUGGGCAUCUUCUGGUUCAACCUGAGGGAGAUAAGCUUUGAAGGCUGCCUGAUUCAAAUGUUCUUCAUUCACACCUACACAGGCAUGGAGUCUGUUGUACUUUUGGCCAUGGCAAUUGAUCGCUAUGUUGCCAUCUGCUACCCACUGAGAUACACUUCUAUCCUUACCAACAAGAUGGUAGCCAUCAUGGUCUCUGUUGUAGUUGGGAGGCCUGUCUUCCUUGUCAUCCCUUUCUGUCCACUUCUCAAGAGACUGCCCUUCUGUGGACACUACAUUAUCCCUCAUACAUACUGUGAACAUAUGGGAAUUGCUCGUCUAGCCUGUGCUAGCAUCAGGGUGAACAUCAUAUAUGGCUUGUUUACCAUUGCUGCCCUGAUUUUUGAUCUGAUUCUCAUCGUCCUCUCCUAUGUGCAGAUCUUACAGGCUGUCUUCCACCUUCCUUCCAGGGAUGCCAGGGUCAAAGCCCUCAGCACGUGCGGCUCCCACGUCUGUGUCAUCUUAGCCUUUUACACACCAGCAUUUUUCUCCUUCAUGACCCAUCGGUUUGGUAGAAAUAUACCACGGUACAUUCAUAUCCUCCUGGCCAAUCUCUAUGUGGUUGUUCCUCCCUGUUUGAAUCCAGUCAUCUAUGGAGUGAGGACCAAACAAAUCAGGGAAGGUGCUAUGAGGAUAUUUGUAAAGAAAGUGUAA